GUAAAUAUGGCUUUCAGAUGCAUGGCAUUGUUUCUCUGUGUUUCUCUGUGGUUUGCAAACUCCACAAUAGAACAAAUCUUACAGAAUGAGAAUAAACAGAAAGAUGUGCUGCUUGAAUCAGAGGCUGUUAACAGCACUACCAUUGAGGAGUUGAGAAAGAAAAUAGAUGAGAUUGUGCAAGAGCUGACGGUGUUAAAGGAAGUCCAAGCUCUCCAUUAUGUGUGCCUGAAGGGCUUGCAGAUUCCAGGAAAAUGUUUUCUGGCGAAUCCAAUGAAGAAGACCUUUCACACUGCUAAUGAGGAUUGUAUCUCAAAGGGUGGUACGCUGAGCACCCCUCUGACAGACGACGAAAACACUCACCUCCGCUCCUAUGUGCGUCAGACCGUUGGACCUAGGGAACACAUUUGGCUGGGAAUCAAUGACCUUGCCAAAGAGGGAGAAUGGGUGGAUAAAACAGGAUCCAACAUAAGCUUUCAAAAUUGGGAGAGAGACAUCACCCAUCAGCCCAUCGGGGGCCGCACCCUAAACUGUGCUAUUAUGUCUGGAAUGACCAAUGGUAAAUGGUUUGAUGAAAACUGCCGUUCUGAGAGAGCCUCUGUUUGUGAAUUCAUUAUUAUAUAAAAUUCCUUGCUAACAUAAAAAAAAACCAUUUCUAGAGGUGCUGCAUGAAAAGUAAAACCAAAAAUUUACAUUUACCUGUAAAUGACAUAUUACAAUGUAAAGGGAGACUUUUUCCAGAGGGUCAGAUCAGAACCAUCAGAAACAGGUACAUCAUAAAAUAGCUUCUGGGACACAACUGGCCAGAGUCAGGCAAGCUUGGGCAUAGCUUCUUUGAGCAUUGUUUGAAUUAUGGGGGGAUUGGGGGGGUCUGGUUAUUAGUUAGCUAAAAUAUAAACCCCACUGUUUUACAGUUGUGUUCAAAAUAAUAGCAGUGUGUUUAAAAAAGUGAAUAAAGCUCAGAAUUCUUAUAA